UAAGGCCUAACUUCGUUUCUCAGCCAGAUAUAUACUUCUACAUUGUUACUCUAUAUUCAGCAAACAUGGCAGACUUGAGGAAUUACAAAACAAGUUUGAUAGUUUCUGCUUGUUUGCUACUUCUUCUUCUUAGCAUGUACCUAUGUCCCUAUAAUAACAAUCGAUAUUUCAUCGCAAACACUGAUUUGUUUUCUAUACCUCCUUUAUCAGCUUCAAGUAGUAGUACUAUUGGUGAAGAUAACGGAAUUCUUACGCAGAAGAAACUUACUAGUUUGGGAAGAAUAGAAGAUGAUCUUGCACGAGCUAGGGCGGCUAUUCGAACGGCGGCUCGAACACGUAAUUAUACAUCUAACAAAGUGCAAGGUUUCGUUCCUAGAGGACCAAUCUUCAGAAAUCCAUACGCCUUUCACCAGAGCUAUAUCGAGAUGGAGAGGACAUUCAAAAUUUGGACGUACAAGGAAGGUGAACCACCUUUGAUGCAUGAUGGGCCGCACAGCACCCUCUAUUCAAUAGAAGGCCAGUUUAUUAGCGAAAUGGAGAGGGAUAAAAACCCAUUUGCAGCGCGAAACCCCGAUGAAGCUCACGCAUUUUUCCUUCCCUUCAGUGUAGUCAAUAUGGGAGUUGUACGCGAAACUUCGGAUCAUUUUGGUCCUUACAUUCGUGUCAUUGCAGAUUAUGCUACUGUUGUAUCAAACAAAUACCAGUACUGGAAUAGAAGUUGCGGCGGUGAUCAUUUUAUGGUUUCCUGUCAUGACUGGGCACCUUAUGUAACAAAUGCAACCCCGAAUAAACUAUUCAAGAACGUCAUUAGGGUACUCUGCAAUGCUAAUUCGUCAGAAAGCUUUCAACCUAAAAGAGAUGUGUCCAUGCCGGAAAUCUACCUUCUUCCUAGAACUCUUGGCACCGCGACACAGUUCCGUAAAAUCGGUUUAAAUCGUCCGAUACUUGGGUUUUUCGCUGGUGGGGCUCAUGGAGACAUAAGAAAGAUGUUAAUUAGGCACUGGAAAGACAAAGACAAUGAUUUACAAGUUCAUGAAUAUCUUCCCAAGGGACAAAAUUACGGUGACCUUAUGGCUCGAAGCAAAUUUUGCUUGUGCCCUAGCGGGUACGAAGUUGCAAGUCCUAGAGUUGUUGAGGCAAUCCAUGGAAGUUGUGUUCCUGUGAUUAUUUCGGAUCAUUAUGUUCUCCCCUUUAGUGACGUACUUGAUUGGAGUCAGUUUUCGAUACAGAUUCCGGUAGAUAAAAUACCAGAGCUGAAAACUAUAUUACUAGCGAUAUCCAAUGAGAAGUACCUUAGACUUCAGAAGAAUGUUAGGCUAGUAAAAAGACAUUUUAUUAUCAAUCGUCCUGCCCAACAGUUUGAUGUUUUCAACAUGAUACUUCAUUCCGUUUGGUUAAGGCGUCUAAAUUUUCGUUUACCUGCUUAAUUGCCUCAUUCGUAUGUAAUUUCCAUAUAUGAAAAACGGUAUGCAGCAAAGCAUAUUAUAGACACAUGCUAACCUUGCGGAGCCAUUCAGCUGAGUUGGUCAUAGAUGACAAUUGACGGUAUUUAACUUAUAUUCUAUCUGCUGCUUCCAACUUGUUUCAUUGUCUCGCUGUAUAAUCAAAUAUAGAAUUGGUUGACGGGCCAAACUCUAUGGAGUAUUUU